AUGUCGUCUCCAGCGAAUGUUCUGGUCUUCGGCGCCGGCGGCGUAGGCAGCAUCUACGCCGCCCUCCUCCAACGCGGCGGCGCCACCGUCACAGCCGUCUGCCGCACAAACUACACCGCAGUCAAAACCCACGGCAUCCUCGUCCGCUCCGUCAAAUGGGGCCACAUCCGCACGCACCCCAACACCGUCCGGACAUGUCACGAAGCCCGAGCCUUCGGACCCUUCGACUACGCCUUAGUCUGCUCGAAAGCCUUCCCUGGCACGGCGAGUCUCAUCCAGGAUGCCGUGACGCCGAACAAGACAGCGAUCGUGCUGGCGCAGAACGGCAUUGCAAUUGAAGAGGACUAUGCGGCGCUGUAUCCCUCCAAUCCGAUAAUUUCCGGGGUCGUGUAUCUGCCUACGACGCAGGUGGAGCCCGGGGUCGUGGAGCACGGGACGCCGCUGGAGGAGUUCGAGAUUGGGACGUUCCCCAUCGAUGCUCCACGCGAGCACAAAGAGGCGGCGGAGAGGUUGUCAAGACUAUUUGCGGCGGGCGGGGCGAAGGCGCCUGUGCAUGAGGAUAUCCAGACGAGGCGGUGGAAUAAGCUGGCGUUGAACGCGUGUUUCAAUCCGAUUACCGCAUUGACGCUGUGCGAUGAUGCGAAUUAUCUGAGGUCGUCGGGGUUUGCUGUCGAUAUGGCCAAGGAGGUCAUGAGGGAGGUUGGAAGUGUCGCUACGGCAGCUGGGAUCGUCAAUGCCAUCACUGACAAGGAGAUCGAUGAGCAUAUGGCUCGGCAUCUGGAUCGACUCAAGACGGGUGGGAAGGAGCCUAGUAUGCUGGUGGAUAUUCGGCAUGGGAGGAAUAUUGAAGUCGAGGCGAUUUUGGGGAAUGCGGUGAGGAAGGCGGAUGAGUUGGGGGUGCAGACGCCGUAUUUGAGGAUGUUGUAUGUUCUUGCUAAGGCGAGGGAUUUUGCGACUUCGAAGAGGGAGGAGGAUGGGUGGAAGCCGAUUGUCAGUGUAAGGUGA